GAGUAUCUUUGGCUACAGUAGGCUUGCCUCAACAGGCGAAGACAGAGACAAUCGUGUGAAAGGCGAAAGACCUGAUAUCUGCCUCAAUCGAACUGAACUUUCCAUUGGACUUUGAAUGGAGCUUGAACUCGCUAUCGCGGCACGUCUCAUCCUGGCUGGUAGAUCCUGCGAAGUCACCUACGUCCAAAGUCGGUAUUUUGUGCUCAACAGGUUUUCAAAGACUCAUUCAAGCCCAAGUUGGAUUGGACCUGAGUCGCUCGUUCCAGCAGAUGCUUCUCGCCUGCACUACGGCUUACAAUCAGGACAAGAGCGUGGAAACCUCCCAGUUCAGUGAUGGAGAACUUCAACAGAUCACAUCUGUGGCUGGAGAAUGUGUUCUUGUAUCUCUUGAAAAGAGGCUAACACCUGCAGAACUCGAGAAGUGCACAGGCAGUCUUGAAUACUCACAAGCAUUAUUCCUUAUUCUGCUAGGUACCAUCCUUGCGGUGGGCUACAUGGAGCCAAUUCAGGAUACGCCUAACUUGGCUAAUGCUUCACAUAUCGACCCGACCUUGUCUAUACCCCUCUAUCAAUCAGUUCAAGAGCAUCUCUGUGCAACUCUAGCCCAUUACAUGAUUUACCUUGGCCACAAAACGACUAUCACAUUCGAUCCACCAACACAAGAGCACUUGAUCACCAAAGCACAUGAGCGAUGGCAGGCCCAGGGCCAUUUCCAAUGGAUGACUCCGGUGCCGUUUCGAGGAAGGUCCGGAGACUCAGAUUCAAAAUGUACCAGAACUUCCAAUAGUAGCGAAGAAAGGUCUACUCGUCUUGGAGAUUCCGAAGUUUGGAACGACGCGUUGGAGGAAUUCGGUCAGCAGGAAAGAGCUGGUUUAUUUAUCCACGAUUAUGUCCGGGGCUGUUCUUCCUCCCCGCCAUUUCCCACUGAUGUUGAAGGCAUCAUAGAAGACCACCAUCUACCUCCGCCUGUCUGGACUCAAGAUACUUUCGCAGAGAGUGCUAGUACUGGAGUGGUUUAUCACCCCGCGAUUGCAGUUCUACCAGAUCAUAAUGUGGGGCAUAUUCCUAAAACUUAUGUCUAUGAUAUCCCUAAAAACACUGGAGGUCCCGGAUCGGAAUCAACACAAUUCUCAAGCCCGGAGAUUAUAUCAAACUUGACAGAGGACAUCAUGAUUGAUAGCUCAGUAGGGCUUUCAUCUACAUCAAUUAGACAAUCUGCCGUCGAGAAAUCGGGAAACUUGGUCGAAAGACUGGACAUGCAGUCAGGUGAGAUGCAAUGCUGGACUACGGCGACACUCGACUCCUUCGCAGCUUGGAAAGGAGCCUUUAGUUUAGACCGGAAGAAGGUGAUGAGAAAGAGGCCUCCGUUUUCACCCGAGAAACACGAAAGCGCACAUGCGCUUCGCAAAAGAAAUUGGUGUAAGCUUUGCUUGAUGCGUAGGAUCGUGUGUAGUCUGAAUCCGAAUCCAGGGUGUGACAGAUGCCUCGAAACAAACAAUAAGCCAUUCCCAAAUCUCAACGCGAACAACGAUCUUUUUCGCUCGCACAUCGGUAUUGCGAUGAUUGAAUUAGAGCAGCGAAGUAAUCUCGUCUACUGCCAUCCUGGGACGGCGUUUCACACAAACGAACUAUGCUCUGACUCCGGCGAAAGACUUACGGCCAGGAACACAACCUUCGGUCCCGGAUCGACAUGGAAGGGCUCGUCUCAAACCUUGCGGCAGUAUCUAGCCAAAGAGCCUUUCACAACGGAGGAGGUCCAGGCACCCUCGAGAAAUCUCCUACUACACGAGCAGCAUUCCCAUACUGAUGGAUUUUCUGAGGAUCUGACUAUGCUCAUUGGUGAAGAAGGCGCCAAUCGCUUGAUGCAAGAAUCGAAUCUACUAGAUGUCACCAUUUGCGGCGAUGUUCACGACCAGAACUACAACAUGAUGAGACACUUCGAAGUUGGUAGUAAUGGAGUGCAUAUGGCUAAUACAAAAUCUAUACCACGGAGGCUUCUUGUUUGAAGUAGAGGAUUAUUGCCAGUGUGUCAAAAAAUAAUCAAGGCUAAUUAAUUAGAAUUAAUUAGAAUUGAUUAUAAUUAAGUAUGAUUUGAUUAGCUUGAUUUUUAUUAUAAUUAAUUAUAAUUAACUAUAAUUAUCACGUGAUAAUACAAAAGUAUACUUUCUU